UUUAAACGAUAGAGACACUGGCCGGCCGCACUGAGUUGCACUCUGCGCCAAGUAUUAUUGCCGAUGGAGUCUGACCAUGGAUGAGGAGGUCAACCCUGACCAUGAAAAUGUGAACUCAGUCUUGGCUCAGGACUCCAUUGAACUGUUCCACAUCCUCAGCAGUCAGUCUCACUCAGUCAUAAUGGAGCUGUGUCAAAUGAUGCCCAGUGAAGCUUGGCGCCAAUAUCAGCUUGACCCCUCAAGGUCUUCUGCAGCAGCAAGGCCAGAACUCAUCAAAACCAUGUUGGAUUACUUCAGGUCAGCCAGUGCUCGAAGAUGCCGUAACUUCCUUCAGAGAGUGUGCUUCUCGUGUGAGAACAUCCCCAUGCUUCUGGAGUCGAGGAUCAUGUCUGUAGCAGGAUAUGACAGCACUGAUGAUGUACCAUCUCCAGCCGCAGAGGACGUGUCUCUAGCAAACACAGACGGUUGUGAACGUUUUAGGCCUGCUGUAGCAUCUUUAGAGCAGCGGCUCGUCAAGCGCCCACGGAUCGAUCACUGGCAGCAGUACAUCAGUGAAGUGGAGAAAUUCCUGCUGAAGAGAUGGGAGCGACUCACAGCUGGCCUGGUGAGGGAGGUCCAGCUGGAGAAUGUAUGGGUCAGCCCGAGAGCGGCAAACAGAAGCAGAGACAGACCUGAUCAAACCCCUGGCUCAGCAGACAGAGGGGGCAGAACACCAGAGCCCGAUGGGGAUUACGGGUAUUUGGAGUCCAGAGUGACGUUGGAGACGUUCCUCCAGGGAUGUAUGGGUAAAGUGACAGUUCUGGUGGGCAAGACUGGAUCAGGAAAAACUCUGCUAACAUCCUGUUUGGGACAGCAGUGGGCUAGUGGAUUAGGUCCUAUCCCUUCAUCCUUUGUGUUUGUCCUGCUGGAGUUUCGUCAGCUCAACCUACUAUCACACCCUCUUUCACUAUCAGAGCUGCUUUUCCAGUACUACCUCCCUCCAACUGGGGGAGAAGAUGCAAAGAGAGCCAUUAUCGACUACCUCCUUACUAAUCCAGAGCAAAGCUGUUGGGUACUGGAUGGCUAUGAUGAGUUUCACGGCAAACUCAGCAGACAAGAAGUGCAGAGGAAACCGCUGCACUUAGAAGAUCCUCUGCCCGUCGCAGACCUCAUCUCAGGGUUGCUAAAUCGCCAGAUUCUUCCAGGAAGCACUGUGCUGGUCACCUGUCGUGUACGGGAUCUUAUAGAUUUGGAUGGCAUUUCAGAUAAAGUAGGCCAGCUGCUGGGCUGGGACCAGGAUGAGAUCAAGGAGUAUGUAGACAACUUCUUUGGUGCAAAAGAUGUAGCUCUUAGAGAGCAGGCAGCACAGCUCCUUCUCUCCAGUCGACACCUCCUCGCCAUGUCUUCCAUUCCUGCCCUAUGCAACAUCUGCUGCAUCUGUCUUGAGCAUUUACUGCUGCAGUGUAGAGAUAAAGACACAGGAGGAGCACCGAUGCCUGACGAAAAAGGAAGUAAGGCAAGGACAGAUGCUCAGGAAGCAGAAGGAGCACAGAUGUCAAGAGAAGCCAGAGGGGAGGAGGGCAAUAGAAGAGGAGAUCCUGCACAAAGGAAACAAGAGGAUGGAAAAAGAAAAGGGAGCAAGGAUGUAAUAAUGGAUGGAACAAAUGGCAGACCCCAGCUGACUCCCACUUCACUCCAAGUCCCCGCCACCCUCACUCAGGUCUACCUCACUGUUCUGGCCUCAUUUCUUAGCCGCGCCCCUAACCACGGAGGAGAUGGCGAGCCAAAAACUAAAAGAUUUCCUCACAGUGCUGUCACCACACUGACCAUUCUGAGUCAGUAUCAAUCGGAGCUGUGUGAGCUGAGCCAGCUGGCUGGGAGAGGCUUAGAGGAAAGCAAGAUACUCUUUUUGAAAGAAGAGAUUCCACAGGAGGUUUUAAAGUUUUCAUUGAAAAUAGGACUCUUAUCACAGGUGGAGCUCAGACGUCAGGACGGGAUACUUGCCAAUGCCUACUGCUUCAUUCAUCUGACAGUGCAGGAGUUUUUAGCUGCACUGAGAAUCAUGACUAGUAAUGAUGUUAAUGACGCACAGCUGAAGAAGAGAUGCACUCCAGCCCUGGUUGAGUUAGCCAAGGUUUCUGGUAGAGCCCAAAGUUGGGUCCAGAAACGACAAGACCUUGUUCUGACAUUGCUCAAAUCCAUGUGUAACAGUAACACUCUGACCGGACCAAAGAUACUCCAGCUUUGCCACAGUGUUCAGGAGAGCCAGAACCACCAACUCGCCAAGCAGGUUUUUGGUGUGAGACCCAAACUGGAGCUGCGCAACAUCUGGCUGUUACCGAAUGAUAUCGAAGCUCUGGCUUUCGUAGUUAAUUCAGCCGAUCAUAAUGACAUCGGUCUGGACUUCGGAGCGUGCUCCAUGGAGCUGGAGUGUUUAAUAGUUCUGGCCAGGUGUCAGGGCAUUCAUAACCUCAGUUUUCACAGCCGCAAGUAUGGGGACAAGUUUGCUGAGAAGUUGUCGUCUGUUUUGCCUAAAUUCACAUCCCUGCGAAAACUAGAGUUUUCUGGUGCCAGUCUGACUGCUACUGGAGCAGCUAGUUUGGCCUCUGGUCUUCAGGAGUGUCCACACAUCACUGAUAUCAACCUAAGUGACAACAAUUUGAGGGAUGAAGGAAUCAGCCGCAUUGCUGAGAUUUUUACCAAACUACAAAACCUUUCGAAUGUAGCGCUGGGACGAAACAGCACAACCCUGAAUGCAGUCGACUGUCUUAUUAAAACGAUGUCUUCAUGUUUGAACAUCCAACAUGUUCAUGCAGAGGGGAUCAAAGACUUGACAGUAACUUUCUUCCAAAAGUCAGAUAUGAACAGCCAUACAUCUAUACUUGAAUCAACAAUCAGCAUUAAUGACAGCUGCUCAUCAGUGGAGGGUUUGGUGGUUCUGACUGCUCUACUGUCUGAUUAUCCUCCUGUGAUGGAGCUGCAUAUCAGAUUACAGGUUCCUGUUAAGGUGUCUAUUGUGUUUGCUAGGGGAAGGGAAAAACCUGCAAGCGGAAUAUCCAAAUCUCUCUGCCUCAGCUUCUGCAAUCUGUCUCCUGCUGAUCUGGAAAGUGUGUUGAGAUGUCUGGGUACCUCUUCUGAUCUCACUAUGCUGGAUUUGUCCAGUAACUGUUUAGGCAACAAAGGUCUGAAGAAGUUGUUGGAUUUCCUGCCUCGUCUUAGCAAAAUCCAGGAAAUUAAAAUCAGGGAAGGUAGUUUGAAGCAUGAACAUCUGAUCCGAUUAGCAGAGAUUGUGUCCAGUUGUCCCCAUCUGGCCAAAGUGGAAUUAAACCACAGCUUACUGGAGCAGACUGAAGAUUUCCUACAGCUGCUGAGCUUCAGUCAAAGUGGAUGUGUUUUCAGGAAAAACGAAUUCCUCUUAUCUCUCUGCUUUAGCCUUGUGGACUGUGCAGUAAAUGUGCAUCAGCUUGCAUCCAUAGAGAGCGUCAUCCUGAGUUGUCCAUUUCUGACAGAACUGGAUUUUUCCCACAACAGCCUCGGUGUAGAGGGAGCUGAGUUUCUCUGUUCUGUUCUUCCCCGGUUGCCCAAUCUCACUUCACUCAGUAUGACCACGUUUCUGCCCUGUCUACGAUCACUCAAUCUUUCCCACUGUGUUUUGCCUGGAGGACUGCAGCUCAUUGAAGCACUGGGACAGUGUGUUAUUCUUGAAGACCUUUGUUUGGAUUCUGUGGCACUGAAUGAGGAGAGCAGGAUGUGUCUGGCACGAGCUCUAAAAAAUAUCAACUCUAUUCGCCGUCUCAGGCUGAAUGAGAUUGUCACAGCAAUGGACAAUCUCAGCGUUCUGGAUCUCCUGGCUGCGACGAAGGGACACGCACAUUUAGAGCAGAUAGAGUUGGGGGGCUGGAGGAUGGCUGGCAGAGGAAUAGAAGAGCUGAACAGGCUCAUUCCGAACUGGAAAGAGCUCAGGAAGCUAAAGCUGUCAAAGAACCUUAUCAGUGACCAAUCAGGAGAGAAGCUGCUUGAGGCUUUGAAAGCCUGCAGCCACCUGGAGGAGCUCGGUCUGUCCGAUAACACACUGGGAAAGCUCACUGCUGCCAGGAUGGCCCUCAUUUUCCCAUCACUGACACACCUCAGUGUGUUAGACAUUUCGCUCAACCACAUUGACCAUGAAGGCUCCGAUAGCCUUUCCAAAGCCAUAAUGUGCAUGAAGAACCUCAAAAAGAUUAACCUGACCUCUGUUGGGACUUCAGAGCUGUGUCCUGUUGUAGCCAGUCUGGCUCACUGUCCCCUCAUACAGGAAGUUGGACUCUGGAAGAACAAAAUCUUUGAGGGUGAUGUCCAAAGGCUCGGUCUAAGGGACAGGAGGAUGAAUUUCUCUUCCACCUGAUAUGAUCUGCACUGCUGGACAGUUGAGAAGCACAAUACCAGUUCAUCAGCACCAGUGCAGAUGAACAGUCCAGUACUUCU